AUGGUGGACUGCAAGACCCGGGCCUGCGACUUGAGCGAGUACGUCGUGCGGCUGUGCAAGGAUAGGGUGUUCGCAUCCUAUCUCUCCAGCUACUAUGGAGACUCUGCUGACCUUCGCCUCUUUCACAAGGAUCAGACGCCCCCGGCAUCUGUGGUACACAUCCCUGGUUUGCGCGCUCUCGUCGACUCGUCUCAUGAGCACUUCAUUCCUCCGCCUGCUCAGCGCAAUGUGACCCCUCUUGUCAUGCGCGUCUUCCCUCGCCAUGUGCAUGCUCGCGCUGCGCUGACCGAUCAGCAGCGUGAUAUCCUUACCUUGCACAGCCGCACGACGUACUCGCUCAAGUCGCAGGCCCGGGUCUUGCAGUCCACCAUCUUCGCUCAUUUUCCUGAGCAGGACCUGAGCCACUCUCCGAUGCGAGUCUCGAGCUACUACCCCCUCAAGGCCUUCCCGCAUCGCUAUGCUCAGAUGCUCGACUGCUAUCUCCAUGGCAUGCCGAUCUGCCAGUGUCCGACGAAAUGUGGUGGAUGUCAGCGCGAGCUCGAUCCCUCCGUUGCUGCGCAUCAUCUCCAGACCUGCAAACGCCGAUCCUCCAAGCUUCCCACGGCGCAUGACAAGGCUUACUCGUACGAUUCGGUCGAUGCUGAACGAAGCUGGUCUUCAGAGCGUCAUCGAUACAGUCGGGGAUCCUCGUUCUCGACGGCAGGUACCCUCCCAUCCUCAUGGCCGCACUGGCAGAUGAAGGGCGAUAUCCACAUUCCUGGAAUCCGCGAUCGAGGGUCCGAGCAGUACGAGGGCUUGAUGGCGGACGUGACGUUGGUCCACCCUUACAUUGGUAGCUCUGCCGACCUGACCAAGUGGGGGGAGGUCAACCUCGACGCCCUCCAUGUUGCAGCGUCUGAGAAGAUUCGCAAACAUCGCGCUGCAUAUGCCAUGACUACUCCUCCUCGAGCGUUCAUCCCUCUUGCCAUCUCGACGGACGGUACCCUGCAUCCUGACACCCUCCGCUUCAUCUGGUAUCUCGCGGACAUCAUUGCUCAGCGCUCAAUGCCUCUUGAGGAUGCGGCGUUUGGUCGGCACUUCGUGCCUGAUGACGGCCCUGCUGCUGAGGUCUUGGCUCGCAAACGCGCCGCCACCUAUCAGCGCCUCACCAUGCAGCUGACGCUGGAGGCGCUCUUGUCUGAGGACAGCUCCUCCUCGGACUUUGUCGAGUCGCCCGAGGAGGAGUCUUCGCCGGAGGUCUCCGACUCCGAUGGGGGACACCCUUCGAGUGGCCCCGACGAUCGGCGCGGAGCUGGCGAGGCGUCUCCGUCCCUCACUGUGACGUCGGGUGCCUCCGGAGAGCUCGACACCACUGGGGUGCUUGCUGCUGGUCCGAGCUCGCCUGCUUCCUCCCCGGCAUCGGUCGGGUCACGCCGGUCCUUGGGCAUUGCCGCGGCGUCGCCGCCGUCAAGGGCGGCUACCACUGACUCGGCUACCGCUGACUCGGAGGCUAGCGAGGAGGACUACCUCGAGCGGUACCGUGUUCAUGUGUCCAGCCUCCCUCCGUCCGCUGCCCCAGGCGGACCCCCGGGCAGCGCCGGCUCCUUGUCGGCGGCUGCCCUUUCUCCGUCCGCGGCCGCCCGCUUUGUGGCGGCAGCGGACGUCUCGACUGACAGUGGUCAGUCGGCUGCCUCCGGGUAUCGCGUCUAA